AUCACAGCUCUGUGUGAUUCUCAGGCUUUUGCGCCUGAGGGUCUGUUAUUGGCCGCCUGUGGUGCUAAAAUCGUCUCUGUAAAACUUUCAGAUGGCUCAAUCGUCGAAGCCGCUUCAGAUAGUGGUCCUCCAGGCAAGAAACGCAAACUUGAAUCCGAGACAGCAGCUACUCCGAAUGUUAUCAAGCUAGCAGUCGCUUCUGAUAACAAACACAUCGUUGCCGUGACUGAUGACAAGUCUGUCAGAGUCCUCGAGGUGACUGAGAGUGGUAAGCUGAAUGAAUUGAGCGAAAGAAGAAACAUGCCCAAACGUCCUUGUGCGGUUUUGGUAACUCCAGACAACCAAACCAUCCUGUGCGGUGACAAGUUUGGAGAUGUGUACUCCNUACCUCUGUUCCCAUCUGCCAUCGUAGACAAGGUCGAAGAGAGCUCCAAGGUAGAAACCAAGGAUGAUGCAGGUCCCAAAAAGUACGUCCCUGCAGCUACUACUUUGACUGUUCAUUCUGGCCGCAACCGAAGGGCCCUAGAGAAUCAGAUGAAGCAGAAGGAUCUGCAGGCCAAAGCCAGAGAAGGACCUAAAUUCGAGUAUCAACUCCUUCUCGGACAUGUCUCCAUGCUGACCGAUGUCCAAUUUGCGACUGAGGAGGUCAAUGGCAAAACUCGUGGCUACAUCAUCACAGCCGAUAGAGACGAACAUAUUCGAAUCUCUCGGGGUCCUCCUCAAGCACACAUAAUUGAGGGUUUCUGCCUCGGGCACAAAGACUUUAUCAGUAAGAUCUGCCUAGUGCCUGGUACGGAUCUCCUGGUAAGUGGCGGUGGAGAUGACUGGCUGGGAACGUGGGACUGGCGGACCGGCAACCUCAGAGAAAAGUGCGACGUGAGAUCUGCCCUUUCUGCUCUCUUCUCUUCUCAACCCUCCACCACCACAUUCGGCCCUGAAAGCUCGAUCGCAGUGUCCGGACUUUGGACUGUACCUGCUGGUACGGACAACAAGGAAACUGCAAUCUUGGUCGCUUGUGAGAAGCUGCCAUGUCUUUUGGUGUCACAACAGGGCUCAGCCUCCCGUAUGGUUGGUAUUUCUCUACCAGGAGUGCCCUUGGAUGUUACCGUGGUUGGCAACACUGUCCUUGUCUCUUUGGAUGUCACAGAGGCAUCAACUCCACGACUCCAGGCUUACCGAGUAUGCAACACCGGAUCUGAGACAAACUUGGAGCUCGACGAGGGCUUCAGUGCAAAACUGUAUGCUGCUAACAACCUCAUGCUUCCUGCGCCAGAGCGGAAGCAACUUGACAACUUGCUGUAUGGAAUUGAGAACCUGAGAAAGAGGGGCGCUCCAGAGGAAGCACAAGAGGUUGCAGCAGAACAGGCGACUGAUGGCGCCACUAGCGAGUUACCGGAGGAUGCUCCAAUGGAGGAAUAG